GGCUGAUUGAUUGAUUUAUUGGAAAAAAAUGAUGAAUAUUGUUAUGGAUGAUGAUGAUAAUAAUGAUGGAAAAAGUAUUUGUCAAUCAAUUUCUAGUACAUUAUUGACACCAACUACAACGACCACAUCAUUAUCUUGUUUGAAUAUUCAUGAUAAAAAUAAUGAUAAUUUAAAUCAUCCACCUGUGGAUUCAACAACAACAUCAUCAUCAUCAUUAUUAUUGACAUCAGAUGAUGAUCAUCAUCAUCAAAUUGAUAGACGAAAAAAUGAUAAAAACAAUGGCAGCAACAGUAGCCAAAGAAAACGACCAAUCAAAUAUCGUGCAACUAAACGGCCCGAAUCUGAACGACGAUUUCAAUGUGAUCAAUGUGAAAGUCGAUUUUUUACUCAAAAAGAUGUGAAAAGACAUAUGGUUGUACAUACUGGUGUUCGAAAUUUUCCAUGUCCAUUUUGUAAACAAAGAUUUGGUCGAAAAGAUCAUUUGGUUAGACAUGCGAAAAAAAGUCAUGAUCAAGAUACAAGAUCAUGUAAAAGACGAAAUACUAAUAAUACUGCUAAUGACAAUUCAAAUGUCCAAACAUCAACAACAACAUCGACACCGACAACAUCAACAUCGAUUAUGACGGCAAAAAAAUCGACGAAAAAAACAUCAAUCGUUAAAUUGAACAAAACCAAACCAAAACAACAACAAACGGAUAAUUAUCAACAACAACAAAUACAAAUAAAUACUUAUUCGACUGCCUCGAAUUCUACCUCAUCAUCAUCAUCUGCAUCUGCAUCAGUAACAGCAACGAUGACAUCGACAAUCAAUAAUUUUCAAGUGAAUCUUAUUUACUUUAAUAAUAACAACAAUAAUCGUGAUUCCACUACUACCUCAUCAUCAACAACGCCAUAUGUAACAAGAUCUACUAAUGAUAAUAAUAAUUCGGCAAUUAAUAUGUUUACUCAUCAUCAUUCUACCUCAACAAUGCCAAUUGAAUCAUCUUCAUCAUCAUCAACGAUGAUACCUUCGAAAAUUAUUUAUGACAACAGUGGUACAACAGCCACAAUGUCAACAACAACAUCAUUAACAACAAUACCAACACAAUCAACUCCAUAUACUAUUACAUCAAGAAAUCAUUAUGAUAGUAAUUCGGUCAAUUUUGAUAAUAAUAAUUAUUCACAACAUUAUUCAUGUUUACAACGACAAGAUUAUACAAAUUUAGAUUUUAAUAAUCCAGAAUCGAUUUCAAACACCACCACUGCUACCAACAACAAUAACAAUACUACAGCUGCUUUAGAAAAUUAUUCAAAUAUUAUUGAUCAUCAUAUGCAUCAUGGUGAUGGUUCACCAGUUGGUGGACAUUGUUUCUCAUUAUCUCAUCCACAACAACAAUCUCAAUUAAAGAGCUCAACAACAACAUUAUGUCCGAAUUUUUCAUUAAAUCCAAAUGAAGCAACAACACCAUCAUUCUGUCUACCAUCAAUUCCACCUUUGCAACAACAACAACAACAAACAUCUUUGUUAAAUUCUCGAACUCAACCUCCUACUCUUUCUCAUCAUCAUCAUCAACAUCAACAACAACAUUUACAUCCUCAACAUCAUAGCUCAAAUCAAUCACCAGUAAUUAAUACGGGUCAAAAUACAUCAUCUGAACAUAAACCAGGUUUCAUAAUGAUGUCAUCAUCUGCAUCAUCGAUUAAUUUUAAUCCAAUUGACGAAAUGAUUUUUAAUCAACCACAACAGCAACAACAACAAACGGCAACACAAGUUAGUCUAUCGAAUAAUAAUUUUCCAUCUACCUCAAAUCCAACUUCUACUACUACUAUUCAAUCGUUAAUCGAUGAAACAUCUCAGGAACGAUAUCAUUUACAUCAUCAUCAACAUCAACAUCCUCAUUCCCAUCCACUUCACCAUCAUCACCAUCAUCAUCAUCCUCAUCAUAAUCAUCGUGAUUCAUCAUUUGAUUCUAUUUGAAUUCAAAUUGUUCUUGUUCAAUUGAUAAGAGAAAAAAAAAUUUCUAGAAAAACGAAAAUCCCGGUUAUUGAAACUUGUCUCAAUUAUUAUUAUCAUUAUAUCUUAUUGUUUCUAUUGAAAUUCUCAUUAUUCUUGUUCUUAUUAAUUCACAUCUAUACUAUACAAACGCAAAUUACCCGGUUCUUUUUUAUUUUGUUUUUUUUUCAUCUCUACAAAUUGUUUUAUAUAUGAAUCAUUGAAUUUUGCCUCUUGAAUUCUUAUAUCAAUUCAUAUAUCGUUUAUUUUUUUUUGUCAAAUCAAAGAAUUUAUUGGAAAAAAACUACCUCUUCAACCGAAACAAACA